AUGACCAAACACCGACACUUUACAAGACUAUCAUCCGAGAGUGAAUCUUCGUUUUCUCAAGCAUCCGCUAUUCCCCUACAAACGAUCGCGCCUCCCGAUCCAGCCACCGUAAAUGGAAAUACCAGUCCCGACACUCAACCUAUAUUGUCCAAUGUUCCUUUUAUUCCAGUUUCGCCACUGGGGCGGAGAUCCAUCCCGGGGCUGGACUUGGAUGAUGACUGGCCACUUAAUGAGCUCCCACAAGAGCUGAGGGGGGCUGAAGAUUACAGUUCAACCUCGGCAAAUAACACGGAAGCAAAUUCAAUGCGCACCGAUUGGAAGAGGGAAUUGUUUUUAUUGCUAGAAGAUCCAUCCUCGAGCACUCCCGCAUUUUAUGUCAACGUUUUUGUUUCCUUUUCCAUUGUGCUAAGUGCAGUCUUGACAACCGUGGAGACAAUACCUACUUUCAGAUCGACCUCCAGCUCGGUGUGGUUUAAUUUCGAGACGACCAUCGUCAUCAUCUUCACAAUAGAAUACGUACUACGACUGUUUGCGCAUUCCGAUUCAUUUAAGCAGUUAUGGCGAUUUGUAAAAACUCCUCUCGCCAUCAUCGACUUUAUUGCAAUCGUUCCGUACUAUAUUGAAUUGAUGUUUCAUCACGACACGACAUACGACUUUCGCUUUACGAUCCUUCGUUUGUUUCGCCUGCUUCGUGUAUUCAAAGCCUUCAAGUACACAUCUACGAUAAUUAUGACCAUAGAGGUCAUGAUUGUUGCUGUCAAGAGAAGUAUAGAUGCUCUAGGUGCUCUGUUCUUUUUCAUGGUGACAAGCGUAGUGCUAUUUUCAACUCUGUUAUACUUUGCUGAACGAGGCACGUGGGAUCAGAAGACUCAAAUGUUUGUGGAUA